GAACGACAGAGACAGCCGCUCAGGGACCACAGUCUUGACUCGGGGAGCUCCUUCCUGUGGCCUCCUAGCUGCUCCCCUGCAUUCUCCCUUCAGCCUGGAUUGGUGACACACAGCCGCUGGAGAUAUUUCCAGGUUUGCUGGCAUGGGAAACUUGCUCAAAGUCCUGACCCGGGAAAUUGAGAAUUAUCCGCACUUUUUCCUGGAUUUUGAAAAUGCCCAGCCUACAGAAGGAGAGCGAGAGAUAUGGAACCAGAUCAGUGCUGUCCUCCAAGAUUCCGAAAGCAUUCUCACAGACCUGCAGGCUUACAAAGGCGCAGGACCAGAGAUCCGAGACGCCAUUCAAAACCCCAAUGACAUUCAACUUCAAGAAAAGGCUUGGAAUGCGGUCUGCCCCCUGGUCGUGAGGCUGAAGCGGUUUUAUGAAUUUUCCAUCCGGCUUGAAAAAGCUCUUCAGAGUUUACUGGAAUCUCUGACAUGUCCUCCCUACACACCGACCCAGCACCUGGAGCGGGAGCAGGCCCUGGCAAAGGAAUUUGCAGAAAUCUUACAUUUUACCCUUCGAUUUGAUGAGCUGAAGAUGAGGAACCCAGCUAUUCAGAAUGACUUCAGUUACUACAGAAGAACAAUAAGUCGCAACCGUAUCAACAACAUGCAUCUAGACAUUGAGAAUGAAGUGAAUAACGAGAUGGCCAAUCGGAUGUCCCUCUUCUAUGCAGAAGCCACGCCGAUGCUGAAGACACUUAGCAACGCCACGAUGCACUUCGUCUCAGAGAAUAAAACCCUGCCCAUAGAGAAUACCACAGACUGCCUCAGUACGAUGACCAGCGUCUGCAAGGUCAUGCUGGAGACACCGGAAUACAGGAGCAGGUUUACAAGUGAGGAGACACUCAUGUUCUGCAUGAGGGUGAUGGUGGGGGUCAUCAUCCUCUAUGACCACGUGCACCCCGUGGGAGCUUUCUGCAAGACAUCCAAGAUUGAUAUGAAAGGCUGCAUAAAGGUGUUGAAGGAACAGGCCCCGGACAGUGUGGAAGGGCUGCUGAACGCUCUCAGGUUCACUACAAAGCACUUGAAUGAUGAAUCGACUUCCAAACAGAUUCGAGCAAUGCUUCAGUAGAGCCCUGCUCCCAGAAGAGGAUCUGUGUGCUGACCUCAGAAGAUGUAUAUGUUUACAUAAUUUAAUACAGAUUGAUGUUAAUACUUGUGUAUUUACAUAACCAUUUCCUUCUUGUCACUGAAAUAUAUGGACCUUAAUUUGUAUCCUGACUGACUCAACCCAGCAGAGCAUAAAUUGUCUUGAGAGCCUUACCUUUGACGUCUGAAACGGAAAUCCUUUCUUCCAAGGGCCACAUUUGGAAACUUCGAUCUUGGCUGCUGGAGUCUUGUAAUGACACCUGUAACAAAUCCGAAAUUCUGAAUAGUUUGUGGUAUUGUUUUAAUUCUAGAUGUGUUCUCUCUCUGGGAGGAUAGUUUAUAGAAACACAAAGUACUUGAUUUCCUGUGUUGGCUCAGAUACAAGAAACACACACAACUGUUGCCCUGACAGAGAUAGAGAGAGAGGGAGAAGAAUCCAAGAUAAGAAAAAUGCAUGUGAAGAGCGGAGCACAAGUUCUGAGUUCAGCACGCCGCCGCCCCCCCCCUUCCACCUGCAAACCUCGCGUGCGUGCAGCCUUUCUGUAUGCACGUGUUUUAUUAAUCCAAAACAUUCUCCUUCUGUCUCAAUUCAUGUCCCUUUCACUCCCUUUUAGGUUUUGCUAGAGGAAAAUUGCCUGUCUUUUAAUCCCCCAACGGGGAGGCAGUGGGAUAGAUAGAGGGAUUCUUGCAGGGGGAUUGAGGGAAGUGGCUAUCUUAAGAGUAUUUGAGAGAGAGUUCGCAUAAGGACAGUCAUAUCUGUGUCAACCCUCUGCCUGCGGGGACAGAUAAAUGGAACUCUGGUUGUAAAUAAGACCACUCACCUCCCAGGUGAGUCUGCAGAGUUCUGGGUACACCACCCUUCUUGAUAAGGGAGUCCCCUCCCUCUAUCAAAACGGCCUGUCGGUGUCAGAACUGAGAACUAAGGCACUUUGUUAUUUACCAGCAAACCGGAGGAAUUUAGAGAGAGGAGACGUACGUUUUCUGAUUACCUGGCGUCAUCCUCCGCGGGUCUGAGGACUUUGGCAGACUCGCUUUUAGUCUGCUCUUCCUCAUGUGUAAAGUAGACAGUGUUGGGGCUGGAGAGAUGGCUCAGUGGUUAAGAGUACUUGUUGCUGUUGCAGAGGAUCCAGAUUCGAUUCCCAGCACCCACAUGGUGGCUCACAACUCUCGAUUACUCCAGUUCUGGGGCAUCCGAUGCCCUCUUCUGAUCUCUGUGGGCACCACACAUGCACAUAGUGCGCUUCUAAACAUGCAG